AUGAGACUUGUUUUCUUCUCAGCUUUGCUUGCCCUACCGGGUGCGUCAGCCACUGCUGUCGGUGAUGUAAAAUCCCUUGAGUCUCGCCAGACUGGUUGCUUUUGCAAGAUACUUGCUGGAGACGUCGUUCUUCAAGACGUCGUUCCAGCUGGAACCGGCCGAAUCCAGCGCAACAUGCGCAUCAUCGCUGGAAACAACAAGUACUGCACUGUUGUACUUGAUCGUGGACAAGGCUCUUGUGCUCAGAUUAAGAAGGUCGCAGGACCUUCUGGACCUGGCUGUCCUCAGGUCCGCGGAGAGAUGGAUUGCACCUUUGGGGCCUAG